UAAGAGACUGAAGGACAUUUCUCACAGGUCUCCAACCACAUCAAUUGCUCAACUGAACUCCAUUCACUAUGGGCAUUCCACUGAACCUGGGUACUCUGGUCCUAAUGCUCAUUUUCUACAGCGAAGUGCAUGCAGGGCGCAUCUAUGGGGGCAAGGAGGCCGUGCCUUACAGUAGACCCUACAUGGUCCUCCUGGAGAGGGCUACCACCAACAUCCUGAAGCCCAAAAACUGUGCUGGCUUUCUAGUGAGAGAGGACUUUGUGAUGACUGCUGCCCACUGCAAUGGGAGAUCCAUUAAGGCCAAGCUGGGAGUCCACAACGUGCAACAGGAAAGCGCUCAGGAAAUGUUUGUGAAAAAGGCAUUUCCACAUCCACAUUAUGAUAAUGAAGAACAUGAUAAUGAUAUCAUGCUACUCAAGCUGGAGAAGAAUGUGCUUGUCACCAACCGUGUGAGACCCAUUGGCCUCCCGCAGACAGAAGAUGAGGAGGUGCCCAAGGACUGUCUGGUGUCAGGCUGGGGCUUCAAUAUCAGGGGAGUAAACAAAGGAUCCUCUGUGCUACUGGACCUCAACGUGACACUGGUUGCGAGUCAAGUAUGCUCAGACAACCAUGCGUUCUGCUCUUCAGGACUAAAUGGACCUGCUCAGGGAGACUCCGGAGGUCCAUUGGUCUGUAACGGUAUGGCCUAUGGGGUGGUGUCCUGCUCUAUAGACAAACUCUACAUUUACACGCGCAUCCCUGACUACCUGGACUGGAUCACCAACACCAUGAAUAAUUGAUACGACACUGACCAGAAACCUCUACAGUUUGUUCAUUUGUUCACCCAGGUCCCUAGAAGCAUGAUUAUGAGACUGCAGAAUCUGAAUGUGUUUAUGAUGCUUUCUGAUUGAUUUAACGGUGCUGGUUAAUGUCUGUGUGCCUUCAUGCAGUAAGCCAAAGAUUGUUAGUAUAACCUCCUUGUUCUGUGUUGAAGCCUCUGAAUUUCCAUCUGUCAAACAAUGCUUUCAAGUCCUGUUCUGUGCUGCAGCUGUUUUAAAUCUUAAAUUGUGAAUCGUGGGAUUAAAUAAGUAGAGAGUUGAUGUUAUUGAGCAUAUUUAUUUUGUGAAUAUCAAUAUGAGCAAACUGAGAAGAGGUGUUUUGAUCAAGUUGUCCCUUAAACAGUGAGGCAAUCACACAAUGCUUACUGCAUUUUGGAGUAGGCUAUAUUGAAAAUAUAUGAGCAGUAAAAGACAUCGAGCAUAUCAAAAAUCUUAACAAGACUGCCCCCUUGUGCACAUCUGAAUAACAUACAGUCCAUGUAAAAUACAUUAAAGGCCCAGUGCAGUCCAAAACGUUUUAUAUAUAUUUCCACACUAUGAGAUUGGAAUAAUACUGUGAAAUUGUGAAAAUUAUGAUAAUGCCCUUUUAGUGUGAGAGCUGUUUGAAAAGGCUGCCUGAAAUUUCAGCCUGCCUGGUGACAUCACUUAGUUAAUAGACCCAUAGGAAUGAGUUCCAAACCUCUCUGCCCAUAACAGUUAGUUUUCAGUUUUCCCCUCCCCACUCAGACUCCCAGACAGUCCUAGUAAAAUUCUUGCUUGAGAAACUGUUAUUUGCUAAGAUGCUAUUUUUGUUAUUUUUGACCAUUUUAAUUGAAAACAGGUACUUAAAGGGUAUCCACCCCAAACCACAAAUGCCCAUGAUUAACAGUGUUAAAUAACACUAAUAUGUGAAAACAAUAUUUUUGGUGAACAAAUGUUUCGUUUUCUCAUUAUAAUAAGCUUGGUAGCAACAUGAGAAAAUGGUUGUUGAAAUCUGUUGAAGCUAAAAACCCACAAUGUAAUACUUUCUCUGGGCUGUCUAGGUAGCUAAGCUAGCAAACGUAUAAUACCAAAGUCAAUAUCAGCAUGUGAAUUAACUAGCUAGCUGUAAAAUCGCUUAAACUGCACUAUCAAUUUAGGAGUCUAUUUCACCGAAUUCAACCUGCAAUUAUCUCUGCCUAGAGCACUGAGGCACAAUAAAAAUGGCCCAAAGCAAGGGCAGAUGACGUUGCUACGGCAACAAUUGCCUUUCCCAUGUUUCCCACAGACACACAAGGCGCAUUGCGAGAAGGAAAAACUGAGUUGAAUAAUUGAUUGAGCACAUCUAAGCGAAAUAUAUACUUUGUCAUAAUGAUAUAAACGGAUGGAUGUGUUAUAGACACAUAUGCCCAUACCAUAUAUUGGCUGAUUUGGCGAUCUGGAGUGCAGGUAAUUGUUUUAAAAGCUUUAUGAAAUGUGAUAGCAUGUUAUCCUCUAUUUCCAGUGAAGAGAACCAUGUAUCUAUGACGCAUUCCUACACGAUUUCCUGAUUUCACAGUAAAAAAAAAAAAAAGUACUUUUUUGUAUUUAUUAAUAAAUAUAUUUUUUUACAUUUUGAACACAUAAAAAAACAGAAAUAUACAAACAAGAGCACAUAAACCUAACAGACAAGGGGUAUUACAUAUCGAAUACAUUUUAAAUUUGUCAAACACUUUUAUGGUGUGUAUUGCUUUUUUGCUUUUACAUUUACUGAUCAUUUUUAAAUAAUAUUUAAAUUCUAUCUUAAAUAAUGUGAAGAGGGGUUUGUUCUCUGCCCACUUCAUUUUAUGGAUAAAGAAUCUUCCAUGAAAAAGAAACAAAUUAACAAUGAAAGUUAAAUCAGGGUUCAUAUCAUUUGGUUCAAAACAAAACAUAAUAUCAGUCUCUCAGAUUAACAUUAAUAGUCGUUUCUUUUCAAAUAAAAUCUAACUCUCUCCUAAAUCUUCUGACAUAAGAACAGUCCCAAAAUAAAUGGUCAAGAGUUCCUGGGUCACAACCACAAAAUACACACUUGUUAUCAAUAGCUAUUUUGAAUCUGUGUAUAAUAAAGGUCUUUACAGGGUAGAUUCUAUGAAUGAGUUUGUAUGAUACUUCUUUCACCUUAUUAGAUGUAAUGGAAUGCAGCCCUAGGACAAGUGAACUGGAACAAAGUGUUCUUGUCUGGCAAAUAUAGUAUAUCUAAUAAAAUGCUAUUUGAUACACCUCGGGAGUAAAUGUAACAUUGUAUGUUCUCAUGAAUUCUGGAUAAUCAUAUAGAAUAAAAUCAUCAUUAUUCAAUAAUUGUUUAACCCA